AUGUCAAAUGUGGGGAGUCCAUUGUCCUCUAGCUUGUCCAUGCAGAGCAUUGUGAUGCAAAGCAUUGUGGCGCUCGGCCUGCUGGUUGUGACAAAGCUCUUUUAUCAUAUAUUCCUAUCGCCACUGAGAGCCUUUCCUGGACCCUUUCUGGCCAAGACGACCAAUCUUUGGCGGGCAUACCACACAUAUGGCGGCCGUGUUGAACGAAAGCAUCUGGAGUUGCAUCGGAAACAUGGCCAUGCAGUGCAGAUUGGACCGAACUGCGUAAGCAUUUCAGAUCCGGAUCUCAUCCGAACGAUAUAUUCCACUCGCAAUUCAUGGAAAAAGAGUGACAUGUACCGACCGAACGAUGUGUUGAUUCAGGGUCACCGCAUGUCCAAUCUAUUCAACACCCAGGAUGAAGAUUGGCAUGAUAAGAAUAUUCGGCCCAUUCGGGGUUUGUGGACCAUGACCAAGGUCCUGGAAUACGAGCCGCUAAUUGACGAAACAUUGAUCAAGUUUGUGGAUAAGCUUGCGUUGAGAUUCGUGGAUGGUGAGAAUGCGGGCAAGGUCUGCCCAAUGGAUGAGUGGAUAGGUUUCUUUGCAUGGGAUGUCACCGCCAAUUUCAGCUUCGGUCGCCAUUAUGGAUUCAUUGACCAAGAGAAAGAUGUGGACAAUCUUAUUACUGACUCGACCGAUGGUUUGAUCUACUUCGCACCUGUCUCUCAAAUCCCUUGGGUUGAUAAUUUCCUUGACAAAAACCCCAUCAAGCGUAUUGGUCCCAAGCCUACCCUAACAGGCGUUCUAUACGCCUUCAAAGUCUGCGCCGAAUAUCAAGCCCAAGCCGCCGAGGAGAAGGUAACCAAAGGUCCAGCCAUGCACACUCUUGAUAAAUACGUUCAAUUGAAGAAAACGCACCCCGAAAUGGUCGACGAUGCUCAGAUUGUGAACUGGCUUAUGCUUAGUAUCCUAGCCGGCGGUGACACAAGCUCUGCGACCCUCCGUGCCGUUGUCUACUAUCUUGCAAAGAAUCCCUCCGCAACGUCGAAGCUUGUUGCUGAGCUCAAAGCUGUUGCUCUUCCCACCCCGGCCCCUUGGAAAUCUAUCCGAGAUCUCCCAUACCUUGACGCUGUUCUAGACGAAGCCAUGCGUACCACUCCCGGUAUCUCUUUGAUCUUUGAGCGUGUCGUCCCAGAAGGCGGUUUCACUUUGCCAGACGGACGCCAUCUUCCUGCGGGUACUAAGGUCGGUAUCAACCCUUAUGUCACGAACAGGGACUAUAGUGUCUUCGGAGAUGAUGUAGAGGACUUUAACCCAGACCGCUGGCUUCAGGGAGAAUCUGAGAGCAACGAGCAUUUCGAAGAACGCCACAGACGGAUGAAGGACACGGUCGACUUUGUCUUCAGUGGAGGUGGCCGUAUCUGCAUGGGACGUUAUGUGGCUAAGCUUGAGAUGAAGAAGCUAAUUGCUACUCUGUAUAACAUAUUUGAUAUUCAAUUGGCGGACCCCAAACAUGAGUGGACGUCUCGCAAUGCUUGGUUCGUCUAUCAGUAUGAUAUGCCAAUGAUUAUCCAACGCCGGGAGCCUGUAGCAUAG